AUGGAGGAUGAUACUAAAAGAAAGGCACAUCGCAAGUCCAAAGUCGGUGUCAAAGCUCAAAGAAGAAAGGAUUCAAAUAUAAAAAAGGCUGGUCAAGAAGAGAGUUUAAAAGGUCGUAAUCCAAAGGCAUUUGUAAAUGCAAAUAGAUUUGCAGCAUUAAAAGCACAAAGAAGAGCACUUGAUUUACAACAAAAGGCAGUUAAUAUACCAGUAGUUGAUAGAUCGGGGACGGCCGAUGAAGAACCACCAUUUGUAGUGUCGGUGGUUGGACCACCGGGUGUUGGCAAGUCGACGUUGAUCCGAUCGCUCAUUAAGAAUUACACACGUUAUUCGGUGGGUGAUAUCAAAGGACCCAUUACAGUGAUUGCAGGCAAGAAGCGUCGUCUCACCUUUAUCGAAUGCAACAAUGAUCUCAACUCGAUGAUUGAUACUGCCAAGAUUGCCGACUUGGUACUGUUGAUGGUCGACGCAUCGUUUGGUUUUGAAAUGGAGACAUUCGAGUUUCUCAAUGUACUGCAGACACACGGGUUCCCCAAGGUCAUCGGUAUACUCAACCAUUUGGACGAGUUCAAAGACAACAAACGUUUGAAAAAGACUAAAAAGAAACUAAAGGAUCGUUUCUGGACCGAAGUGUAUCAAGGUGCCAAAGUAUUUUAUUUGUCUGGUAUCUUGCACGGUAAAUACCCCAAGCAAGAGAUACACAACUUGGCACGUUUUAUUGCCGUUGCCAAGUUUAUUCCACUCAGUUGGCGAAACACCCAUCCCUACGUACACGUCGAUCGUUUCGAAGACAUCACCGACCCCGAGCGUGUCAAGCACGAGCCACAAUCCGACCGAAACAUCUGUCUCUACGGGUACAUUCGUGGCACCUAUCUCAAGCCACACAUGAAGGUCCAUAUCCCCGGCUGCGGAGACUACCACAUGAAAUCGAUCACUCCGCUCGCCGACCCAUGUCCACGUCCCGACGAACGUAAACGUAUCCUCAAUGGUAAAGAACGUCUCAUCUAUGCUCCCAUGUCUGAUAUUGGUACCAUCAUUUAUGACAAGGAUGCUGUUGUCAUUAAUAUUCCUGAAAGUCAAUUACAAUAUAGUCGUAAAUUGGCUAUUGAACAAGGAAAUGAUAAUCUUGAAAGAGAAGACGAUGGAGAGGAAGAGGAGGAUCAAGAUGAUGAAGAUGAAGAAGAUGGAGGAUUUAAACAUCGUGGAAAUCUUGGACAAGCAAUUAAAAUGGUUAAAAAGUUACAAAAUUCAAGAGUUGCCCUCGAUGAAAAGAUGCAAGAAUCUCAACUCAAACUCUUUUCAAAUAGUAAACCAAUCAAAAAUUCAAGAGUUUCUGAAGCCGACCUAAAUACUAUUCAAGAUGAUGAUUAUUAUAGUGAAGAUGAAAUGGAAGAUUUAAAAAUCGUCGGAAAUAGUAAAACUAAAAAGGUUGAAUCUUUGGAAAAGGAUUCAAAUGGUCGUAUUAGAAGAAAGGUUCAUUUUAUGAAUUUAAACAAAAAUCCAACUUUACUUGGUAGUGAUGAUGAAAAUGAAAAUGAAAAUGAAAUUGAUAUGGAUGGUGAAGAUCAAGAUGAAGAUGAAGAUGAUCAAGACGAAUCAGAUGAUGAAGAAAUGGAAGAAGGAUCAGAAGGAGAGGAAGAUCAAUUAGAUUAUGAUGAAAGUGAUCAAGAAGAAGAAAUUGAUGAUGAAGAAUAUUUUGAUUUAAAAAAGGGAAAUGACCAAGAUGGAUCAGAUGAAGAAGAAGAUGAUGAUGAUGAUGAAUCAUCAUCAGAAGAAGAAGAAUCAUCAUUAUCAACAGUUGAAUCAUCAAAAUGGAAAGAAAAAAUGACAGAAUUGGCAUUAAAGAAUAGAUCAAGAAAGAGUACAUCUGCCAAUUUAAAACAAUUAAUUUAUGGAAUUGGUAUAAAUGAUAAACCAUUACAAUCAUCAGAUGGAGAGGAGGAAGAAUUAUUUAAAGAAAUCAAUCAAAUUUUGGUCGCUAGAUUCGUAGACAAGGACGAAUUGACAAAGAUUGGUGCUAUUGGUCAAGAAGAUGCCGAUGAUGAUAAGGUUUUAUUUGGUGAUUUUGAAGAUUUGGAAACUGGUAAAAAAUAUGGUGCAAAUGAAAAGGAUAGUGAUGACGAAUCAGGAUCUGAUGAUAGCUCAUCAGAUUCAGAGACUUUAACAAAAAGAGAAGAAAGAAAAAAAGAAAGAAGAGAAAAAUUAAAAGAACAAGUAUUUGGUGAAAAUGGUGGUGGAGAUGGUGGUGAUGAUGAAGAUUAUGAAAGUGCAAGAGCUCAAAACAAGUUGAGAAAAGAAUCAAAGAUUCAACAAAUCAAUAGAAAAUUUGAAUCUGGUGAAACUGAUUUUAUUGGAGAUUUACAAGAAGCUGCCAAGAAACAACGUGCCAUCAAUGAAAAGGAGUUUGAAGGAGAUGAUGAGUAUAGUCGUACCCAGUAUCACGGUUAUUCAAUUGGUGCCUAUGUCAGAAUCGAGUUUGAAAAGAUUCCAUGCGAGUUUUCAAUCAACUUUGACCCACGUUAUCCCGUUUUGGUCGGUGGUCUCUUGUCCAACGAGGAGAAUCUUGGUAUGGUCAAUGUUCAAGUAAAGAAGCAUCGUUGGCAUAAGCGUGUCUUGAAAUCAAACGAUCCAUUGGUCAUUUCAAUGGGAUGGCGUAGAUUCCAAACCAUGAUGCUCUAUUCCAUCCAAGACAUUAAUGGUCGUAGUCGUAUGCUCAAAUACACCCCAUUGCAUAUGCAUUGCCACGCCUCGUUUUAUGGGCCAAUGACACCACCUGGUACCGGGUUUAUCGCCUUUACCACCAUCCGUAACAACCAACAAUCGUUUAGAGUGUCGGCCAACGGUCAUGUACUCGAUCUCAACCAGUCCAUCAAUGUCGUCAAAAAACUUAAACUCGUCGGUCGUCCCUCCAAAAUCCUCAACAAGACUGCUUACAUUAGCGGUAUGUUUAAUAGUAAUUUGGAAGUUGCCAAGUUUGUCGGUGCCACCAUUCGUACAGUCUCUGGUAUUCGUGGUCAACUUAAAAAAGCUGUCAAACAUGGUGGUGAAGGUACCUAUCGUGCAACCUUUGAAGAUAAACUCUUGAUGAGUGACAUUGUCUUUUUACGUACAUGGUAUCCCAUUUUACCAACAAAGUUUUAUAAUCCAGUCACCAAUAUCUUGCAAAAACAAAAGGGUGAAUGGCAAGGUAUGAAGACAGUCGGUCAACUACGUUUUGAAAAGGGUCUUCGUGCUCCCAUCAAACAAGACUCGUUGUAUCGUGACAUUCAUCGUACCGAGCGUCGUUUCCGUCCACUCGAAAUCCCAUCCAAGCUUCAAGCUGCCCUUCCAUUUGAUUUGAAACCAAAACGCUCCCACGUCAUUACCAACGAGGCAGAUGCCCUCCUCUCGAGUCGUGCCGUCAUUAUGGAACCCCACGAAAAACGUGUCCAGGAUCUCAUCACUCGUUUGGAAAUGAUCAAACAGAAAAAGAUUCACCAACAAAAUCAAAAACAACAGGAACGUGUCAAUGCUCACAAGGAGAAAUCGGCCAAGGAAGAAUUGGAAAAACAACAACGUCUCAAGGAUCAAUUCAAGAGAAAGAUGAAAUUGGAAAGUUUAAAGGAGUUAACAUUCUAUUCAAUAUUAUUCAACAAAUUAACCACAAUUAGUACUACAGAUUAUUAUGUCUCGGAAAUGAUAGAUUAUGUUCCCAAAGUUAGAGUUUCUGUUAGUAUAGCGGCGCGCCUAUAA